AUGACAACGGAGUCUUCUAAAACCACCGAAUUGCACCUCGAAGUGCCGACUGUGAGUUUUCCAACUGUCCGCACUUUAAAAGCGUCCGGCUCAGUGGGUUCUGAUCGUGAUGUACUCGUUGUGCACGCUGUACUGCGUCGUCUACGUGCUGGCCUGCAUUACGAGCAUGAUGCGGCAGAGGCGGGAGCUGCGUGAAGAACGCCUCGAAAUGUCCAAGGAGCAGGAGAAGGAGCGCGUCGGCGGUGGCGCUGACGUCAUCGUCGUAGCUCCGCCCACCGAAACGUCCUCCGUCGCCACGCCCACCACCUUCAUGUCUCCUCAUUGCUCUUCUGUCCCACAACUUUCUGGCGUUUAUAUCGUAUGA